AUGUCUCUAAUGCAGUACAUAGUAAUCGGGCUUGAAGCUGAAAGAAAUCGUGAUGCUGAGGUGGCGAAGCUCUCUGCGUUUAAGACACUAGACAUAGUCAAAAAGAGACUAAGUGAUGGAUGUACAGCACAGGAGGUUGAGCUAGACCAGUGGAGAGAGAUACUUCCUGAAUCUGUGAUUGACCGUAUAGUGCAGCAGCUGACAACAGCCGGUAAUGGUACCACGCUGCGCGGUACACUUGAUGCGGCGAUGUUGUACGGCGCAGUAGUAACAGGUGAUGCAGAAUGUGUACGACUGCUGAUCCAGGCUGGGGUUGACCUCAAUGUACAGGUUAGUAGUGGUGUGACAGCUACACAUGUGGCAGCAGCUGCUGGGAAUGUCGACUGCUUAGAGUCGCUACUCUCUGCUGGUGCUGACUUCAAUGUGAAAGACAAGUCAGGUCGGAGUCCACUGCACUGCGCAGCAGGAAUGGGCAGGGCACAGUGUGUGAAGGUACUGCUGCGGGCCGGCGCAGACGCGCUUGCGCAGGACUCGGAACGGCGCAGUCCGCUGCAUUGUGCAGCCAGUGCAAGGGCUGCGGAAUGCGUCAGGCUACUGGCCAAUUCAGCCAAAAACCUGGAGGUUACAGACCUGAAAGGCGCCACAGCACUACACUGCGCUGCAGUGAAAGGCGACGUUGAAAGUGUGGAGCACCUGUUACGUGCAGGGGCUCGCAGCAGCCCACUGAGUGACACCGUGGGCACACCUCUGCACGGGGCAGUAUUGAGAGGCAACCUCGACUGCGUGAGGCUGCUGCUGCAGGCGGGGGCCAAUCUGACCGCGGGAACUGCUGGUGGUUUAACUGCGCUGCACUUGGCCGCGUGGGGAGGCAACCCAGACAGUGUGAGGCACCUCCUGAAAGCUGGUGCGAAUAUCCGGGAGAAGGAUGAUUCCGGUUUGACUCCGCUUGCCAUUGCAGCAGCAUUCCGCAGACCUACCUGCGUGAGGGUACUGGUGGAAGAAGGAGCUGACGUAGACGAGAGGGACAGCAAUGGUUGCACACCACUACACUAUGCAGCAUCCAGUGGCGAGACUGAGAUUGUGAAGCUACUGCUGGACGCUGGUGCAGAUGCACUUGCCCAGGACUCGCUAAGUAGGACACCACUGCAUGUAGCAUCACGCAAGGGGAAUGCAGAAUGUGUCAGGCUACUGGUGAAGAAAGGAGCUGAUGUCGACAAGAGGGACAGCAACGGCCUAACACCACUACACUAUGCAGCAUCCAGUGGCGAGACUGAGAUUGUGAAGCUACUGCUGGACGCUGGAGCUGAUGUCGACAAGAGGGACAGCAACGGUGGAACACCACUACACUAUGCAGCAUCCAGUGGCAAGACUGGGAUUGUGGAGCUACUGUUGGACGCUGGUGCAGAUGCACUUGCCCAGGACUCGCUACGUAGGACACCACUGCAUGUAGCAUCAGGCGAGGGGAAUGCAGAAUGUGUCAGGCUACUGGUGAAGAAAGGAGCUGAUGUCGACAAGAGGGACAGCAACGGUGGAACACCACUACACUAUGCAGCAUCCAGUGGCAAGACUGAGAUUGUGAAGCUACUGCUGGACGCUGGUGCAGAUGCACUUGCCCAGGACUCGCUACGUAAGACACCACUGCAUGUAGCAUCAGGCGAGGGGAAUGCAGAAUGUGUCAGGCUACUGGUGAAGAAAGGAGCUGAUGUCGACAAGAGGGACAGCAACGGUGGAACACCACUACACUAUGCAGCAUCCAGUGGCAAGACUGAGAUUGUGGAGCUACUGUUGGACGCUGGUGCAGAUGCACUUGCCCAGGACUCGCUAAGUAGGACACCACUGCAUGUAGCAUCAGGCAAGGGGAAUGCAGAAUGUGUCAGGCUCCUGGUGAAGAAAGGAGCUGAUGUCGACAAGAGGGAUAGCAACGGUGGAACACCACUACUCCAUGCAGCAUUCAGUGGCAAGACUGAGAUUGUGAAGCUACUGCUAGAAGCUGGUGCCGACCCGCUUCCUGGGUCAGACACAGAGCAAGCAAAUGAAGCUGGCCAUAGACCACUCUACUGUCCAGCUACGUCUGCUGUUGAGGUCAAUGUUCCGGCGGCGCAAAGUUCAUUCAGUGCAGAUAGGGGAAAAGAAAGUGAUGUCAUUGACAGAGAAAUGGAAAGAGAAAGAAGCCACGGGGCA